AUGAAGACACCAUUGUUAUCUCGUGAAUCGGAACUCAAUGAAUCCCGAAUUGGGAUGGAGACGCUGUAUACGAACAGGCUGCACGGGUUCCCCAACCUCACGGCAGGCCAGUUCGGCCCCGUGCCAGAGGAAGGAGUCUUAUCCUUAGUCGUGGUCCUGGCUACCAGCGUCUCUCUGGUAGCUCUGGUCUUCGCCUUCAUAACUUACAGGUGA